CAAGAACGACUCCAGAAGCAGCUGAUAGAAACGGUAAAACAAGAAACCUUCUGUCCUAAGGUGAACUCUAUUUUUUGUGCAGUCAAGAUUACAAGAAAACAGUUCUCAUGGUAAAAAUUGCUCUACUUUUUCCUUUAAAAAUCGUGUGUGUUCUCUGUGUUGACCUGAAUCCCUAAAUUUGGGUUUCUGAUUCAUCAUUUUAACCCCGUUUCACCAACACCCCUUGGCCCUUUUCUAUCUCCACCUGAAAAGUUUGUUUCUUUAUGAUUCUUCUCUUCCAAUUCAAUCCAACCCCCCUUUUUUCUUUCCAAAUUUUUAAAACCCUCUUGUUGAAUCUUGUUUUCCUUUUCAAAUAGUUGAAGAGUCUUCUUCUUUUGUUUGAUCCGGACAAGAUGAUGAUGAUGACAAUGGCGGGAAUGAUGGAUAAGGGUGUAUUAGAUGACAUAAUAAGGAGGUUAUUGGAGGGUAGAGGAGGCAAGCAGGUGCAGCUUUCUGAGGGAGAGAUCCGUCAGCUUUGUAUAAAUGCUCGUCAAAUCUUCCUCUCACAGCCCAAUCUUGUCCAUGUUCGUGCUCCCAUACGCAUCUGUGGAGAUAUACAUGGACAGUACCAAGACCUUCUGAAGUUAUUUGAGAAUGGUGGGUACCCUCCUGCUGCAAACUAUCUGUUCCUCGGGGAUUAUGUAGAUCGAGGGAAGCAAAGUUUGGAGACGAUAUGUUUGCUUUUGGCCUAUAAAAUAAGAUAUCCUGACCGGAUUUGCCUAUUGAGAGGAAACCAUGAAGAUGCAAAGAUCAAUCGAAUUUAUGGAUUUUAUGAUGAGUGUAAAAGGAGAUUCAAUGUUAGGCUUUGGAAGAUAUUUACAGACUGCUUCAAUUGUUUGCCUGUGGCAGCACUCAUUGAUGAGAAGAUACUCUGCAUGCAUGGGGGGCUAUCCAAAGAGUUGGAAAAUUUGGAUCAAAUAAGGGAAAUUCAGAGGCCAACUGAAAUUCCAGAUAGCGGUCUUCUCUGUGACCUGCUUUGGUCCGAUCCUGAUCCCAAGAUUGAGGGUUGGGGAGCUAGUGAUCGAGGAGUUUCAUGUACUUUUGGAGCUGAUGUAGUUCAUGAAUUUUUGGACAAGAAUGACCUUGACCUCAUUUGCCGUGGUCAUCAGGUUGUGGAGGAUGGCUAUGAGUUCUUUGCUAACCGAAGAUUAGUCACAAUAUUUUCGGCUCCAAACUAUGGUGGUGAAUUUGACAAUGCUGGUGCUUUAUUGAGUGUUGACGAUGCUCUAGUUUGCUCCUUUGAGAUAUUGAAACCAGCUGACACUAAAGCAUCGUCAAGCAAUUCUAACAAGUUGCCCUUGAAAAAGCCCCCUAAAUCCGGGAAGGUUUGAUGCACCACGAAAGAGGAGUGUUGGAGUUAUUGUCAUUCUACUCAAGUAGGAAAUACAGUAAGCACAAUUCAAGCUAGGGUUUUGAUUACCUGUUGGCAAAUGGAUUGGCAAGGAAGCCUGUCAGGAGUUGAUGCUAGCUGGUAAUUUAAUUGCAAGGAAGUUUACAAAAAGAAAGUCUGUACAUGAACUAUGCUGUCGUAGCAGAAAUUUUUGUGUUGUAGAUCUCUUGUUGUAUCAUGUACUUUGGAUACUCGCUAUCAGCAAUCAACUAUCAAUGUGCUAUUGAUGAGUAACCAAAUGGAUAUAGGCUGUCUUGAGAUUUGUGGAAUGUAUUUGUACAUUUGUGGUUUUGUUUGGAAGUGCCUUCUGUCAUGAGUUA